ACAGCACUCUCUCACUUCCUCUGCUAAAGAUGGCGGUCCACGGCCCCGUUGUGAAAAUCCACCCGGUGGUUCUGGCUUCUAUUGUUGACUCUUACGAGCGGAGGAACGAAGGAGCCAGUCGUGUGAUCGGCACAUUAUUAGGAACGAUAGAUAAACACUCUGUCGAGGUCACCAACUGCUUCUCUGUUCCUCACAAUGAGUCAGAAGACGAGGUGGCAGUGGACAUGGAGUUUGCAAAAAACAUGUACGAACUUCAUAAAAAGGUUUCACCCAGUGAAGUCAUCAUCGGCUGGUAUGCUACAGGAUAUGACAUCACAGAGCACUCUGUUCUAAUCCAUGAGUAUUACAGUCGGGAAGCUCAGAACCCCAUCCACCUCACUGUGGACACGGCACUGCAGAGCAACAAAAUGAACAUUCGUGCUUAUGUCAGUGCACAGAUGGGUGUUCCAGGAAAGACUGUUGGCGUGAUGUUCACACCCUUAACAGUAAAAUAUGUUUACUACGACACAGAGCGCAUUGGAGUUGAUCUCCUACAAAGGACUCGUGCAUCUCCCAGUCGCACCAAUGGCUUGACCUCAGACUUGGCUCAGGUGGGAAGUGCAGCAGGACGCAUACAGGAAAUGCUAACCACAGUGCUCUCGUACAUAGAAGAUGUCCUGUCUGGCAAGGUGAUGGCAGAUAACAGCGUUGGGCGAUACCUAAUGGAUCUGGUUAACAAAGUCCCCAAAAUCUCUGCAGAGGACUUUGAGAGCAUGCUGAACUCCAACAUUAAUGACCUACUGAUGGUGACAUACCUGGCAAAUCUCACCCAAGCUCAGAUUGCUCUUAAUGAAAAACUGGUCGUUCUGUGAUUUGGAAAAAUAAAGACAUGUUUAUCAUUCCAAUA